AUGUCUUUUUUGGAAAUAACCUCAAUCUAUUUAAUUUUCUCUAUUUUAGCAGAUCUAUUAGUUCCUGCUCUUUUUCAGAGUGAAGUGUGGAUAUACAAUAUCCACAGCUGUAAAAGCCUGGAAGAGUUGCAUUCAUGCUUUAGAGGAGGAAAGUAAAGAUGAACAGCUUCCAAACAUUUCAUAAUUAGUAAACAAUGCCAUGGCCUGUUCUUGUCGCAGAAGUAGGACAAGACCAAAUGAACUCUGCCUUUUUUAGAAAAGAUCUGCACUCCAGGGCCCUGCAUGUGGUUGUUCCAUGGAACAGGCAGCCUGCCAGGCUCCGGAGCAAAAGAAGCUGUUCCUUUGAGCAAAUAGAAGUGAAUGACUACACCUUAAAACGGUAGAAAAAAGCUCGGGAGGAAAAGAACCUCGUGUCACAAGUUGAAUAGAAAUAAAGACCCCUGAGCGGCCGGGGGGCGGGACCCUGCCCGCGCGCGCUGCUCUGCGCAUGCGUGAUGGCUUCCGCCCGGCACUGAGAUGGCGGCGGCCUGCAGCGUGUGCCUCGGAGGUGUGGGAGUUCUGUUCCGUACCGAGCAGUCCCUGUCCAUGUAACCUUCGUUUUCUUCAGCGUUAGGAUACAUCUGAAAAUCCUGGAGGCAGUUUUGGGCCCUCUUGCUAUACACAACUUUUUAUUUUAAGAAGAGCGAGCAUUUACAUUCUUCAGAAUGCCCAACUCCAACGCUAAGCUUCAUUGCAACCGUAGAGGUGGUCAGGAAGCGGGCAGGCGGGAGCUGGUUUCCAGGUCUUUGCUGAGUGCUCAGCAUUGCUUGGAGACCCAGGAUUUUGGAACUGCAUAUGCUCACUAUCUCCUGGUACUAAAUCUAGCUCCUGAGUUAAAAACUAGUGUCAAAGAAACGUUUCAGUUCACCCUCUUUAAGUGGGCAGAAGAGCUAGAUUCUCUGGCACGGAUUCAAGAUCUGUUUAACUGUUAUGAACAAGCACUUGAACUUUAUCCGAAUGAUGAAGUGAUAUGUAAUAGUAUGGGAGAACAUCUCUUCAGAAUGGGCUUUAGAGAUGAAGCAGCUGGAUAUUUUCAUAAAGCAGUGAAGCUUAACCCAGACUUUGCUGAUGCAAAGGAGAAUUUUUACCGUGUUGCGAACUGGCUCGUGGAACGCUGGCACUUCAUCAUGCUUAACGAUACCAAGAGGAACCUUACUUACCUAAAAGCAAUUGAGAAUGCUGUCUGUUCAGGGUGCAAAUCUGUCCUUGAUAUUGGAACAGGAACAGGAAUUUUGAGUAUGUUUGCAAAGAAGGCUGGAGCAUCAUUAGUCUAUGCCUGUGAAUUAUCAAAAACCAUGUAUGAACUUGCCUGUGACGUUGUGGCAGCAAAUAAUAUGGAAAGAGAGAUCAAACUUCUACAUUUGAAGUCACUUGAUAUAGAAAUUCCAAGGCACAUACCUGAAAGAGUUUCCUUGGUUGUCACAGAGACAGUUGAUGCUGGUUUAUUUGGAGAAGGAAUUGUGGAGAGCUUGAUACAUGCUUGGGAACAUCUACUUUUGCAACCAAAGCCUAAAAACCAAGAUGUUAGUACUGGAGACUAUGGCAGAGUUAUUCCUGCAAGUGCUACAAUAUAUGGGAUGGCAGUGGAAUGCAAAGAAAUACGUAGACAUCACAGAGUGGAAAUGCAGGAAGUUGCUGGUGUGUGCUUGCCAAAUUCAGUACAGUUCUUUAGUCCAACAUACGCUUCUGCUGGUUCAGAGGAAACUGUUGAACCUUACACCACAGAGAAGCUCAGUCGUAUUCCUGGAGGUUAUAUACCUCUGACAGAACCCUGUCAAGUAAUGGCAGUAGAUUUCAACAAUCUGCAGGAACUCAAAAGCCUUGCAGCGAGAAAGCCCUGGAAGCUCAGCCUGCCAGUCACUGAAGGAGGAACGCUAGAUGCUAUUGUGGUGUGGUUUGUACUACAGCUUGAUGAUGAGCAUGCUCUAUCUACAAGUCCCAGGGAGGAAACUUGCUGGGAACAGGCAGUCUAUCCUGUGCAGGGCCUCCUUGAUUAUUCUGUGAAGACUGGAGAUACUGUGAUGCUGGAAGUUUGCUGCCAAGACUGCUACUUGAAGAUCCAGAAGAUUUCUUCUUUGACUUCAGAGUGUGGGAUGGACUUCAGUGACAGAGACGACACACUGAGUUUGGGCAAUGAGGCUGAAUUAUGUAAUGCUCUGGCUGGACUUCAGACAACUAGCAAACAGGAUGGCAACGGUCAAGUAUGUGUGUUAGAAUCCACAGAAAUAGCCCUGCUGAACAACGUGCUGUACCACGAAUGCUUUAAAGCUGCGAUGGCCGAAGUGCUGUCGUCAUUAAAUCCAAGUAAGGACUUGCAGUCCAUGGAUGUUGACGGACAUGGCAGUGGGUUGAACCUCCAGGAGAGUCAAAACAAGAGCUCUCUAGAUGUGGCUCCAGAUCCUUUGUACAUUUUAGAUGUAUCUGAAGGCUUCUCCAUCCUGCCAAUUAUAGCUGGCAAACUUGGACCAGUUAGAGCCUACAGUUCUGUUGAGAAAGAACAGCAUCAGGCAGCACUUAAUGUAAUUUCAGAAGCUAACCAUUUCCCUAGGGAAACAUUAGAGUUUUGGCUCAGCCACUUAGAAGAUGAAAGUGUGGUGCUACAGAGACCCAAAUCAGACAAAUUGUGGAGUAUUAUUAUCUUGGAUGUUAUAGAGACGUCUGGUUUAAUCCAGCAGGAGGUGAUGGAAAAGGCUGCAAUAUCCAGAUGCUUACUUCACAGUGGAGGGAAGAUUUUCCCACAGUAUGUGUUGGUAUAUGGGAUGCUUGUAGAAUCAGAAUCUCUGUUACUGGAGAGUGCUGUACAAGGAACAGAACCAACUCUUGGCUUUAAUAUAGCUCCUUUUAUCAACCAGUUCAAGGUACCUGUGCGUGUGUAUUUGGAUCUCUCUACGUUACCUUGUGUACCCUUGAGCAAGCCAGCAGAGCUUUUAAGGCUAGAUCUCAUGAACCCUCUGUCAAACAGCUCCUGCAGAGAAGUGAAGGUACAAAUUUGUAAGUCUGGCCAAGUCACUGCAAUUCCCUUCUGGUAUCACAUACAUCUAGAUGAAGACCAUAGCUUGAAUACAUCCGAUGAGUCCUCGCACUGGAAACAAGCUGCGGUUGUUCUCGAUGAGCCCAUUCAAGUUCAGGUUGGAGAUGAACUUGUGCUUGAUGUUCAACACCACAAAAGCAAUAUUAGCAUUACAGUUAAACGGUGAAGAAUGUCAUGUAUAAACUGAUCUGUGGUUAAUUACCUGUGCAUAAAUGGAUUGUUCAUAACAUCACUGAUAAUUUAUAUAAAAGUCUAAACUGUCUUUACCAAUCAAAAAGGCUAUGUUGUUGCUUUAAUACUAGAUACUUAACUUCCACUGAUGGACUAAAAUUUGCACUGUAAAGGGUAUCUUACCACCAGUAAGAGGAGGUAUUGUCUUCACUGCAGCAAAAACCCCAUUGCUAGCUCUUGCUGUAACUACAGCAGUGGGACAGGCUUCUCUUGCUACCUUACCUGUAGGAAGGAAAAAAGCAUCCAGCUGCCUGUACCAAAAAUAAACAGCUGUGGCUGUUUGGGAUCCAGUCCUUCUUUUACAUACUGCAAUUCCACUUCUUGAUUGCCAGAGCAUCCUACUUAAGUGUGUGGUGAUGUUAGCCUUGUAGUAGGGACUGUAACAGCAUUCCCACUGCAGUAUCAGAAGCUAGUGUUGCAUGUAGACAGGUACAAAAAGCUAUAAAGGAGUGCUGUUAAAUAAGAAGUUACUUAGUGAAAGGUAAAGCUAAUAAACUUUUUGGAAUCCCUCAGAAUAAUUUCUGGGACUAUAAUGGGCCUGGACUCUUGACUAUGUAAAAGUUGUAUAAAAUAUUACAUCAGUCA